AUUCAUGAGCAGCUUCGCUUCAACGCAACAAGCAGUUUGUACUCACGGCGCGGACAGCGCGCACGUACGUGACGUCAUACACUAUUUACUGAAAACAUCAUGUCAGGCUCAAUACCAAGCGUGGAGUCAGGCUGGGGGAUCCAGGUGGUGGUGCCUGGUCCGGACCACACCUUCACAUUGAACGAGGAGGCGCUCAGCGCGCUGCUGCUGCGUGAUGAUGUCAAGGAUCGCGCCGCGGUCGUGGUGUCCGUCGCCGGUGCCUUCCGCAAGGGCAAAUCAUUCAUACUCGACUUCUUCUUGCGGUAUAUGCAUAGUCAGUACAACACAAAAGACUACAAAGUGGAGUGGAUGGGAGCAGAAGACGAGCCGCUGAAGGGAUUCAAGUGGCGAGGAGGCUCCGACCGAGAGACCACCGGCCUGCUGCUGUGGUCGCAUCCAUUUAAAGUCACCCGGCCGGAUGGGGAUGAGGUGGUGGUGUUCCUAAUGGACACGCAGGGCACCUUCGACUCGGAGUCCACGGUGAAGGACAACGCGACAGUGUUCGCGCUGUCCACGAUGAUAUCCUCCGUGCAGAUCUAUAACCUGUCGCAGAACAUCGAAGAGGAUGAUUUGCAGCAUCUCCAGCUUUUCACUGACUACGGCAGACUGGCCAAGGAGAACAGCAUAGGCAAACCGUUCCAGAAGUUACAGUUUCUGAUACGCGACUGGAACUACCCGUACGAGUACCAGUACGGCGCUGAGGGGGGGCAGAUGUACCUCUCCAAGAUUCUUCAGGUCGAGGAACGCCAGCACGAAGAGCUACGCAACUUGAGGAUGUACAUCACCAGCACGUUCGAUGAAAUAGCAUGCUUCCUGAUGCCGCAUCCGGGGAUGACGGUGGCCACGCACCGAGAGUUCAACGGGAAGCUGACUGAUAUAAGCGAGGAAUUCAAAUCUGAACUUAAAAAGUUGGUUCCGAUGAUCCUCGCGCCGGAGAAUCUCGUGCCGAAGCUGAUCGAAGGGCAGAAGGUGAAGGCCAAGGACCUGCUGCACAUAUUUAAAGCGUACAUGAAGGUGUUCAGUGGCAACGAACUUCCUGAACCCAAGUCUAUUCUAGAGGCAACAGCAGAAGCGAACAACUUAUCAGCCUGCGCAGAAGCCCAGGACGUGUACAAAACUCUAAUGGAGGAGGUGUGCGGCGGCAGCAGGCCCUACAUCCAGCCGCACCAGCUCGAGCAGGAACACACCAGGAUCAUGAACAAAGCGCUGCACGCCUUCGAGAACAAGAAGAAGAUGGGAGGAGAUGAAAGAUCUAGCGGUUAUAAAAAGAAGUUAGAAGCGGAAUUAGAAGAAUUAUACACGCAGUACAGAGCUCAUAACGAAGGCAAGAACCUCUACAAGAUGUUUAAGACUCCGUCAGUGUUCCUGAUGCUGGCGGUGGUGCUGUUCCUGUUCUCCGUGUUCGCUGACAUGCUGGGCAUCCAGAGCCUGAGGAAUCUGUUGCAGAUGCUGGCCAUGGGCUGUCUGGGCAUGUCUGCUGUGUGGUUGUACGCUAAGCUGUCAGGCAGAAUACGUGAAACGGGCGAAUGGUUAGAUGAGACUGCGGACACAGUUCUGGACUUAUUAAGAAACCAAGCGCUGGGUCCCCACGCCAAUCAAAUGCAUGUCCCGCCUGCAGGACCAGCUACAAGCCAGGACAAGAAGAGCUCGUAACGACCCCUGGCUCAUAUUUAGUCUAUAAAGCCAGUGGAGUUACUGGGCAGGGAGAUUUGACAGUUAUGAGUGUAGUGCAGUGACCCAUAUUCAAAGUUGUGUGUUACUGCUGAUUUGGACAGGCGUAACAAGCCAGCGGUCUUAGUAUCAUUAAUAAGGGGCUAUUUAAGUAUUACGUAACGCAAUUUGGCGGGAAGGGUGUCUCGUACAAAGCGCUACGUAACAUUGUUUUUUUUAUUUUAAAACAAUAACAAAGGUAUUUUAGCGACUUUCGGGUAUUUUGCGUAAUAUAAUUGUGAAUAUUACAAAAAAAAAUGUUUUUUUAGAGUUUCAUAACUUUUGGAGGGGGGGGGGGUGGCGUACAGGAAAACGUUACGGCGCGUUACAUGGAGAAAUGACGUUGUCAAAAAUCUUAAAAAAUGCGUUACGUAAUACUUGAACGGCCCUUAAAUAUUUCAUGUUGGCUUACCUGGGAAUGUUCUUUAACAUUACUAUUUGAAAUGUAUUUUUAUAUUGCAAAAGGCUGACCAAUGAGUUUGCAGUUAAAUGAUAGAUUUGCCGCCAUUUUCAAUCAAUCCCAAUUGAUUUUUUAUCUAUCGCGAAAUUCGACCAAUCGGAACACAGCUUUUUUGAAAUGCUUACAAAUGAGUUUUUCGAUUGGUCAUUUCUUGGAAUCAGAUUGAAGAUUGAGAUUGAGAUCGUUUAUCGAAAACGGAUGUAAGUGUUGACUGCUCAUAGCCAAAA